AGAUGUUUGCCUGUGUGUCGGAACAGUAUUAGUGUCAGGAAUGGACUCAGCACUGGUGGUGGGACUCACCUGCCUGUGUGGGCUGCAGUACCAUGGCUGGCCAGCGGGUGCUCUCAGCAACCAGAAGCUCGCUCCUGCAGUCAGCCAUCACCUAAAGCUGAUUGCAGGAGGAAUGGACUCAGCACUGGUGGUGGGACUCACCUGCCGUGUGGGCUGCAGUACCAGGGCUGACCAGCAGGUUCUCUCAGCAGCCAGAAGCUCACUCCUGCAGUCAGCCAACACCUGGGGCUGAUUGCAGGAGGUGUAUUUAAGGAAUGACCAGGCCUGUGAUCAGUGCCUUGGUGUACGUUUCCCAUGAGCCCCUGUACCUUGUAUCCUGUGUUCCUGGUCCUCUGCCUAUCUGAUUUGUUGCCGAAUCUGCAU